GCUAUCUUGUACUUUGUGAGAGAGGUUGGUUCUUGUUCUGGUCUGCACCUUCACGAUAUGCAACAUACCCCUGCCCCACCCCUCUGAAAUGGACGCCCAGGGCAACCCCACAGUGGACAAUGCCGCAUCCAGCAGUCCACGCGAGGCGUGCAGCUCGAACUCCCUGGUCCCACAGGUCCAGCAGGUGGGUUCCACUGCGACACCUUUAGGAGCCCUCGACGCUGCGCCAGUCCGGCAGCAAGGAGAGACCAUGACGGCCUUCCUGGCCCGCCUGGGCACCCACAUGCAACAAGUACAAGAGGAACAGCAACGCGAGGUGACAGCCGAAGCGGCACGCCUCAACGCCAUUGCACGCGACGCGGAGCAAUGGCGCCGGCAACACGUUGAAGCAGCUGCCAACCAUAACAAAGCUCGAAAAGAUGCCGCAUUUGUCCUCAUGCAGCAGGAAGCCGCGCAUAGCACCGCACUCCAAGCAUGGAAUGUUGAUCCGGCGGAGACGACGGAACCAACUGCGGAGGAGCAGACCAAGUCAGCCCUCGCCAACAUGAUGCACCAAGUCAUCCUCAUUUCUAAUUUGCAACAAGUGGAGCUGGCUCGGCAGGCACAUACCAUUGCUGAGUAUGUGGAGACUCUGAAGAGCCUCCAUGCCCGCCUUGAUGUGCUGGAGGAGGAUGACGUGCCGCACGGGCACAUGACAUCAUCAAGCAUUGAUCCAUCAAUCCGCGAGCUGGAAGAACGAAUGGAUCACCUAGCAGCGCUUGUUGGCAAUUUGAACAGUUUCCGACAACCGGCGAUUAUCAGCCAGCAAAUAGCCGCUCUACAAGAGGAUCUGCGUCAGCUGCAGCAGCAACCAACCGGGACCUGCAACAGCCUGACGUCUAAACAGUUCAAGAUGCCGAAGUUCAACAUCGACAGAUUUGAUGACUACCACAAGGCGGACCCCAUAAGUUGGUGGCAAGGGUUCACCAACGAGCUCUCCAUCCACUUGGUCCCGCCAGAGUCGAAGAUCUCAGCGCUUUACCUCUGCAGCACCGGUGCCAGCCAAGUGUGGCUCAACCACCUGGCUCAAACCGAAGGCGUCGAAGUCGCUAAGCUUUACCCCAAGAUCACUUGGGAGGCCAUGACCGAAGAGUGGCGGAAACGCUUCAUCGUCGACAACGCUCAAGGCAAAGGCGUGGACCGGAUCUUCGGCAUGCACCAAGGCAGCCAGCAAACACGCGAAUGGCUAACCGAAUGGCAGAAACUCGUGACGAUUCCGAAUCUGGACAUACCGUUCAUACAUCUUCGUAGCGAAUUCUUCCAGCGGCCGGUUGACGCGUUGAGCACGGCCCUUGGGGAGCGCAGCCUGUACACGGACUUUGACCAGAUCGUGGAUAAGGCGCGCGAGGUAAUCCAAACAAAUCGGUGGGCCGCCAACGAGCGGCGAAGCCAACCAAAUUUUGUGGAAAAGGGCGAAGGCCCGUGGUCGCAGCAAGUCGCUGCUGUCCAGUGCAAUAGACAAGAGGACGACCAGGCUCUAACUCACAAGUCUAGUGAAGGAGACGGAGUCAACGCCCUUCCGCCACAACACAACAACAAGAAGAAAAAGGCGAAAUUUGCAUCAACAACGGAAGUCAGGCAGCCGAACGAGCCAUGGAAGAAAUUCAGCCUCACGGCGGAGCAAUACAAGCUCCGCCAGAGGUGGAACUGUUGCUACUGGUGCAACAACACCUAGAACACGAUGUCGCAAUGCCCUGACAAAGGCAAAGAAGACGUCCGUCCACGGCAAAGCUCGG